AUGACAGACGGCCCGGUAUCUCCCCAAGACCACCAUAAACCUGCAGCACAACAGAAACUAAACUUGAGAUCUGGUCCGAAAAGUGUGGAAAAGUUUGCUAAGGCACUAGAUACCAAUAACGAUGGCUUUGUUGAUAAAAAUGAACUUCUUGCUUGGGUAUCUGAAUCAUAUCAGAAAACAGUUGACAGAGAAGCAGUGGAGAGAAUGAGUGAAUUGGAUGAGAAUGCGGAUGGAUUUGUUUCAUGGGAAGAAUACCUCUUAGAUUCAUUUCCAGAAGAAGAAUUGCACAAUAAGGAGGAAGAAACUCUCAUCGCACAAGAUAGAAUGUACUUCAAGCAAGCAGAUCAAGAUGAUGAUGGGAAAUUGAAUUUAGAAGAACUUGCUAGUUUUCUGAAUCCUGAACAUCAUCCUCAUAUGCAUUCAGUUCUGAUCGCAGUGACUCUGUUAGAAAAGGAUCAAAAUGGAGAUGGAGCAAUCGAUGAGAAAGAAUUCCUUGGAGAACUAGAUGAUCAGAGAGGAAGUGAAUGGUAUAAGGUUGAAGUUGAAAGAUUCCAUACAGUUUAUGAUCAUAACAAAGACGGAAAACUUUCUGGCGACGAAUUAGUCGCAUGGCUGCUGGUCGAUGGAACCACAGCCGGAUCGUACGAGGCACAGAGUCUUUUAAAUAACGCAGACGAUGACAAAGAUGGAAAACUGUCCUAUGAUGAAAUUGUGAAACAUCACGCCCUGUUUGCCAAAACAGAAGCUGCUCAAGAAGCUGAUCACCUCCAUCCAUAUUCCCACGACGAGUUGUAA